AUGAAUUAUCUCUCGUUUUAUGUUAAUGGUAAAGAAAUAAUUGAUCGUAAUGUUGAACCCGAAUGGACUCUUCUGUGGUAUUUAAGAAAUAAAUUAAGAUUAACGGGUUCAAAAUUAGGUUGUGGAGAAGGUGGUUGUGGAGCUUGUACAGUACUCAUUUCAAGAUGUAUUGAUAAAAAAUCUAAUGAAAUUGAACAUCGUACAGUCAAUGCCUGUUUGGCGCCUUUGUGCUCUGUUGAUGGAUGUCAUGUAAUCACUGUUGAAGGAUUAGGCUCAGUGAACAAAUCAAAUCUUCAUGCAACUCAAACUCGUCUUGCUGAAUUAUCUGGCUCACAAUGUGGAUUUUGUACACCAGGAAUGGUCAUGUCUCUUUAUGGUACUCUCACAUCAAAACAUAAUUUAUUACCAACAAUGCAAGAUAUUGAAGAAGCUUUUGAUGGAAAUCUUUGUCGAUGUACUGGAUAUCGUCCGAUUCUUGAUGCUGCAAAAACAUUUGCAAUUGAUAUAGAUAAAAUUCAUUAUGAAAAAUCUUCAUCAUCAACAACAUCGACUACAAUGGAUAAAUGUUUUUUAUAUAAUCAACAAAAUUCAUUACCAAUUAAUCAAGUUGAAUUUCCCUCAAAACUUCGAAAUUAUAUUCCUCAAUCAAUUCAUAUCAAAGGUGGCCAAUCAAAACUUGUUUUUGGUAAUACUACAGUACAAUUAGAAAGAAAGUUUCAACAAAUCAAUUAUCCUCGUCUUAUUGCAAUUACACAUAUUAAAGAAUUACAAGAAAUAAAACGAACUAAAGAUUCAAUAUAUCUUGGAGCUGGCGUGACAUUUACACGUUUAAAAUCCAAAUUAAUUGAAUGGAGUGACGAUGAUAGUUUCUGUCAAGCUUUACUUGAUCAAAUGAAACAUUUUGCAUCGACACAAAUACGAAAUGUUGCUUCACUUGGAGGAAAUAUAAUUUCUGCUUCACCGACUUCUGACAUCAAUCCGGUAUUAAUAGCUGCAGACGCUACACUUGAAUUACAUCGUGCUGACAAUACUGAAAUACAACAUAUUCGAUUAUGCGAUUUUUUUCUCGGUAAUCGUCGUAUAUCAAUGGCAGAUAAUGAAGUUCUUGUUGCUAUUCAUAUUCCUCUUCCAAAUUCAUCAAAUAAAUAUUUUCUUCGAUCAUAUAAACAAGCUCGUCGUCGAGAUGAUUCGAAAGGAAUUGUUAGUGCUGGAAUUAAAGUUCAACUUGAACAAUCGAAUUUAGUUAAUGAUCGAUGGCAAAUUGUUUCAGCUUGUUUUUCAUUUGGAGGAAUGGCAUCGAAAACAAUUGUUGCAACAAGUACUCAACAACAAUUAAUUGGAUUACCUUGGACAAAAGAAACAAUUAACCAAACAUGUGAAUCACUUCUUAAAGAAAUGCCACUUGGUGAAUUAAGUCCAGGUGGACAACCUGAAUUGAGACGAACAUUAGUUCAAUCAUUUCUUUUUAAAUUUUAUUCAUAUGUAUGUAAUGAAUUACGCCAACCAUUAACCGAUUCAAGUAUUCUUUCUUAUCAUCGACCAAUUUCACAUGGACAACAAACAAUACCUGAACGACCUCAAUCACAAAAAGUUGUUGGUAGUUCAUUACCACAUCGAUCAGCUUAUUUACAUGCAACUGGAGAGGCUAUAUAUGUCGAUGAUAUGCCAUCUCUAGUCAAUACACUUCAUGCUGCACUCGUACUCAGUACAAAACCAAAUGCUAGAAUCAAAGAUAUCAAUAUUGAAGCUGCUUCAAAAGUACCUGGUUUUGUAUCAUUUGUCAAUCAUCUUGAUGUGCCCGGUUCAAAUAGAACGAAUGGUGCAUUGCCAGAUGAAGAAGUAUUUGUAUCGUCAAUUGCACAUUGUAUCGGUGCAAUAAUCGGUGUUGUUGUUUGUGAAACAGAACAUGCAGCUCAGUUAGCUUCAAGUCUUAUUAAAAUUGAUUAUGAAUUAUUAUCUCCAACAAUUUUGACAAUCGAAGAUGCUAUUAAUCAUCAAUCUUAUUUUGGUGAUGAAAUAUGUCUUCAAAAAGGUGAUGUUGAAAAAUCUUUUGUCGAUGCUGAACAUAUAUUAGAAGAAACAUUAUAUAUCGGUGGUCAAGAACAUUUUUAUAUCGAAACAAAUUCUUGUAUGGUUAUACCAUCUAAUGAUGAUAAAGAAAUAACAUUGUAUGUGGCCACCCAAAAUCCAUCGGCAAUUCAAGAGUUAACGUCAUUAGUACUCGGACGAGAUGUUAGUCAUAUAACAUGUCAUGUCAAACGAGUUGGUGGAGCAUUUGGUGGAAAAGAAUUUAGAUUUAUUCCACCAUGUCUUGCUACUACAGUAGCUGCUGUCAAAGCUGGUCGUCCUGUUCGCCUUAAUCUCGAGCGUCAUAUCGAUAUAUCUAUCACUGGACAUCGUCAUCCAUAUAAAAUAAAAUAUAAAAUAGCAUUCACUAAUGAAGGUCGCUUUUUGGGACUCGAUAUUCAAAUGUGGAAUAAUGCUGGUUGUACAUUAGAUGCGUCAGCAGCUGUGAUGCAACUAGGUAUGCUUCAAAUGGGUAAUAGUUAUCAAUUUUCUCAUAUUAAAAUUCGUGGUCGUGUUUGUAAAACACAUCUACCAUCAAAUACUGCUUUUCGUGGUGUUGGUGGACCACAAACAAUUUUAGCUUCUGAAACAAUUGUUGAACACGUUGCUGCAUAUCUGAAGCGUGAUCCGAUUACUAUUCGUCGUCUUAAUUUAUUUAAAGAAGGUGAUACAACUCAUUAUGGACAAGUUUUAGAAUUAUGGAAUAUUCCUCGAAUUUUGGAUGAACUUAGUAAAUCAAGUGAUUUUAUUCAAAGACAAACGAAUGUUGAUGAAUUUAAUCGUAAUAGUACUUAUCGAAAACGUGGUAUAUCGAUGAUACCAGUUAAAUAUGGUAUUGGAUUUAUAGUUCAAUAUCUCAAUCAAGCAGGAGCUCUUGUUCAUAUUUACAAAGAUGGUUCAGUUUUACUCACUCACGGAGGUGUUGAACUUGGUCAAGGUCUUCAUACAAAGAUGAUAUCAAUAGCUGCUGAAGUGUUAGGUUGUAGUAUUGAUAAAAUACGAAUUAGUGAAACAGCAACAGAUAAAAUACAUAAUAUAACUCCAACAGUUGCAUCGGUUUCAUCAGAUCUUAAUGGAAUGGCUGUAAAACAUGCUUGUGAACAACUUCGUCAACGAUUAGAUACGCUUAUUGUUGAUAAAAAUGUUAAUAUUUCAUGGGAAGAUCUUGUUAAACAAGCUUAUUUUGCUCGUAUUGAUCUAUGUGCACAUGGAUUCUAUAUAACACCUAAUAUGUUUGAUGCGGAUUUUACUCAAAAUCGAGCUACUUACAAUUACUAUACACAAGGUGCAGCAGUAACAGAAGUCGAAUUAGAUGUAUUGACAGGAGACUGGCAUAUUUUACGUGUUGAUAUUCUCAUGGAUGUUGGUACAUCACUUAAUCCUCAAAUUGAUAUCGGUCAAAUUGAAGGUGGUUUUAUGCAAGGAAUCGGUUUAUAUACUAUGGAAGAACUCAUUUGGGGUGAUCAUACACAAAAUAAAUGGAUUCAACCAGGAGAAUUAUUUACUCGAGGACCCGAUACUUAUAAAAUUCCAUCAUUUAGCGAUGUACCACUUGAUUUUCGCGUUUCACUUCUAUCCGAUUCAUUGAAUCCACGAGCUGUUUAUUCGUCAAAAGGUAUUGGUGAACCACCACUCUUACUAGGUAUUACGGUAUUCUUCGCCUUAAAACAAGCAUGUAUGGCGUAUCGAGAACAGCAAGGUUUAUCAGACUAUUUUACACUUCAUUCCCCAGCAACUGUUGAACGGCUUCGUAUGGCUUGUGUCGAUGAAUUUACUCGUCGCGUAUGUCCUGAUGAACAUGGAACAUCUCAACCGAAAGGCUCCUAUUGA